AUCUUGUCCUACAAUAUGACGGGAACUGUCCUAAAAAUAGUUAUUCUACAUAUUUUCAUAGCAGUCGUUAAUUCUGCGCCAAUCAAGGAUGAAAGUUUAGCAGAAAUAAUCGAAAAUAAUUAUACAAUUGACGCAAAGGGUAACUACGUCUUCAGUUUUAAAACAACUAAUGAUCUUAUACGAUACGAGGAAGGUAUAGUAGUGAAUUCCGGUGAACCAAAUGAGCACAUAGAAGUCUACGGCUAUUAUUCAUACAUAAAUGACGCUGGUGAGCCUGUUAGAGUUGAUUACUCCGCAACUGAAGAAGGAUACAAAAUUGGAGAUGAGCAGAAAGAUAUGACUAUUUCUGCAUUACCUCAGAGUGUCGUCGCUUCACUUGUAGGAUAAAAUAGACUGUGAAAUUAAUACAAUGUUUCUUUUAUUAAACUUACUAACGUUCACUGACAAGUUUUUUAAUGUUUAGAUCAAUAGUGU